ACUUCUGAUCAAAAGCUGACAAACUACGGCUGCGGUGUGUGACAGCGGGAACAUUCCUACAAUGUUUUCACUUUUUCUGUUGGUUCCGUUAAUGCUCAGUAACAGCUCUGUGUUGCAGGACUCGGACAGCUCCUUAAGUAUUUUUACACCAGUGUCCAACAUGACUGUGGAUUGGGUAGGAUAUGGAUACGGCACGCUUGUAGCAUCUGGAGGAGUCAUUGGUUACGUGAAAGCAGGCAGUGUUCCCUCCCUAGCUGCUGGGCUUCUGUUUGGGGGCUUUGCAGGUUUUGGAGCUUACCAGGUCUCAAAUGAUCCUAAAAAUGUUUGGGUGUCACUAGCUGCAUCAGGAGCACUGACUGGUAUCAUGGGGAAGCGGUUUUAUGGAUCGAGGAAGUUCAUGCCAGCUGGUCUGAUGGCUGUAGCAAGUGCUCUGAUGGUGGGGAAGCUUAGCUUGGCGUUGCUCCAGAAACCUGUACAGUCCUGAUGAAGUUAAUAUGUUGAAAUAUCAGUUCCCAUCAGCUCCUGUGGCUCUUUUCAGAAGCACCCUCUCAGCAUUUGACAUUUAUGUCCAGAAUCAUGUCCUUUUGUUUAAAAGAUGUAGAUUUAUGAAAUAAAUGUACCCUCUUGUUUAUAUAGUAAAUAGUUGUCUUUUUUCAGUGAAUGCACCUUUGAACUUGUUUAUUUGUUUAAAAAAAAGUUUAAAAAAAUUUCAGCUUACUCAUUGAUAUAUUACAAAGAGGUUUGCAGUUCCCUUACAGUUUUCAGAGUCUGCUGUGUUUUUAUGACACUCGGGAUUUUUUGUGUCACCUACUACAUGCUGAAUAAAAGCAGAGAGGAUAUAACAUUACAGGAACCAUUCAUUAAAGACAUUUUGUUAUAUGAAACUAGAGAAAAAUAAAUCUAAAGUUAAAAAAUAAAAGUUGAA